GCAUAGUGAAGUUUACAGAGCGUCGACGGACUUUCAGCGAGUUCACUGUUUGCUGUUAGAGCAAGCAAGGAAGAUCGCUCUAGGAAGAACACUUGCGCUAUCACUGCUGUAAGGUGAUAAACAUACCUACUAAUCCCAACUGCUUUUCUACAGCAUAUUAUACAUGCAAAUACAUCGAAGUCGCAAGUUUUCUUGAAAAAGAAAACAAGACAAUUGAACUACCUUGAUUUUUGGUUGUAAUUGCAGCGGCAUUUAUAGGAGUGAGAUGGAUGUUAUUCCUAUGUGCAGCAUCUUUCAGGAGCUCCAGAUAGUACAUGACACCGGAUACUUUUCAGCUUUACCAUCUCUUGAGGAGUACUGGCAGCAGACAUGUCUGGAGUUGGAGCGGUACCUCCAGAGCGAGCCCUACGUCUCGGCUACAGACAUCAAGUUUGAGACGAGUCAAGAGGAUCUCUGGAGCAAACUGAUCCUGGCCUGCGGGGACAAGGCCGAGUCCGACCCAAAGAUCCACACUCACAUUAAGGAGGAGGACAAUCAAGAGGCCAACAGCUUUAACUCCGACGCCAGCAGUGAAGCGUCUGACAGCUCCGAGGAGCUCUCACCUCCCCUCGACUUCACCUCCAACCCACUAAGUGACAUUAUGGGAGAGGGAGAGGACCUGAGUUCCAUGGUUAUCAGCACUCCGCCAUCUUCUCCUGAGGUGAACAAGGAGGCCCCCUCCAUAUCCUCCCAGGUGUGGAGCGGUAUACAGACAGUGAUGCACUCGCCAGGGAAAAUACGGACAGGGGGCAUUGGUGGACGAACGGUGGAGAGGGGAAGCUUAGCCAAUGGAGAGGCUUCUCCAGACGGGAGGAGGCGGGUCCACAGGUGUCAUUUCAACGGAUGCCGAAAGGUUUACACGAAAAGUUCCCACUUGAAAGCACACCAGCGUACACAUACAGGUGAGAAGCCUUACAGGUGCUCAUGGGAAGGCUGCGAGUGGCGUUUUGCACGGAGUGAUGAGCUAACCAGACACUUCAGGAAGCACACUGGGGCAAAGCCAUUUAAAUGCAGUCACUGUGACAGGUGUUUCUCUCGCUCGGACCAUUUGGCGCUUCACAUGAAGAGACACAUCUAAGCGGUGGGCCCUGGGGCAGAGGAGAGCAGAGCGGUGUUGAGCGAUGGUCCUGACUGUCUCCUAACCUGUCUGUGGGGAGGCUGCAGUGCCCUGAGAGGGGAGGAAGGCUAGCGAGGAGAGCGUGCUCCAGUGAAAAGCAUGCAGGCCAUUUUUGCACCAUACUUAGUGCCUCCAAGACCUCUCAGAGGAAAGAGCUCUGAAAGGUCGACACAUUCUGAAUAAUAUCACGAAAACCACCAUGGAUGAAGGAGAAUUAAGAAAUUCACUAGAGAGAGGAGAAAGAAAAUAUCUGAGAGGACAAGGAAGAACGUUUUUUUCUCUGUAUGGUGUCUGAUGCUUUGCGGAGUUAGUUCCUGGUUUGAAAAUAUGCAGUGGUACUACUCCAAUAAACGUGUGUUGUUUUCUGUGAGCAUGUGGACUGACUGACUGUGAGCCUGCUGUCAGACUGCCUGUGACUGGGUGCCUGUCUGAGAAUGCCUGUAACUGGGUGCCUGUCUUAGAAUGCCUGUAACUGGGUGCCUGUCUUAGAAUGCCUGUGACUGGGUGCCUGUCUUAGAAUGCCUGUAACUGGGUGCCUGUCUGAGAAUGCCUGUAACUGGGUGCCUGUCUUAGAAUGCCUGUAACUGGGUGCCUGUCUUAGAAUGCCUGUAACUGGGUGCCUGUCUCAGAAUGCCUGUAACUGGGUGCCUGUCUUAGAAUGCCUGUAACUGGGUGCCUGUCUCAGAAUGCCUGUAACUGGGUGCCUGUCUUAGAAUGCCUGUAACUGGGGCCUGUCUCAGAAUGCCUGUAACUGGGUGCCUGUCUUAGAAUGCCUGUAACUGGGUGCCUGUCUUAGAAUGCCUGUAACUGGGUGCCUGUCUUAGAAUGCCUGUAACUGGGUGCCUGUCUUAGAAUGCCUGUAACUGGGUGCCUGUCUUAGAAUGCCUGUAACUGGGUGCCUGCCCUGUGGAUGUACAACUCCUGAGUAGAUGGCUUGUGUUGUGACCUGAAUGGCAUUGAGGGGAUGAUGAGUUUUUGACUGAGGUUUUAUUGUCUCGUGGUCAUGAAUGAAUUCGAGCAAAGGAGUUGUUGUGCUCUUGUGUGGAGCGCUGGUUGAGUCUAGGCUGGGUUUGGCAGUGUGUGUGCGUCUCAGCCGUCAGUUUUGAGGUUUGAGAGAGAUCACCACCAUCCGAACUGAGGUGGUACAUGCUCCUAAACGAGGUUUGGGGAGGGGAGGGGGGUUGAUGUUUGGUGCAGCUAUUAAAUGUGCAAUGUAUUAAGUAGCUUGUCUCAAAGUACAUGCUACAAAGCUAAUUUGUUGUCCAUUGUGUAAGCUCAGUAUCUAAAGGCUGUACACAACAUUGAUAUAUCAUUAUACCAGAAGUUGCAUGAUCUUGGGUUUGUUUGUCACUUGAUUAGGCCUACUUAUAACACAGGCAAAUCCCAAUAAUGAGCAGCUAUGCAUCCAUUUUACUCCGUAGAUACCACAGUAUUGUACAGAAACAUAAAGCAGUGAUGUAUUUGUUUCCUUCUUUUCUUUUCUAUGUUUGGAGAUACCACUAUUGCUUGGCAACUGUGUUGAUCAUGGGAUAGUUUUAUUUAUAUUCAGUUUAAUAACUAAUUUCUUUAUUUUUGUCCUCUUGCUCUUCUCUUUUUCUAUAUCUGUAAAUACACUGUGACCUUAAUGAUGCCUUAUGUAAGUGGCCUUGUCCAGAUAAAUAGAUCACUCACGGGAGGGGGGGUGGGGGGUGGGGGGUUAAAUGCGGUAGUGUGUGAUUGAAUAGCUUUAUUAAGGCUCCGAUUCAUAUGGUUGCACCUUUUUCCCUUUGUCUAGAAAUGAUGGUUGGUCUGAAGACUCUUGAAUAAAAGUUAAGCUUUAUACUUA